UCCUGUGGUUACACGUGCCCCGAUGACGGCGUCAUCCGGCGUCCUGCAGCAUGUCAUCAUCAACUACCGCUGGGUGUUCGUCUGCUUCUUCCUGCUGCCCGUUUCGGUGCUGUACGAUGCUUGGAUGUACGCGAGGAACUGGAUCAUAUUCCGGCUAUCCAGUGCUCCCAAAAAUCAUGACAGCAAAGUUCGCCACAUACGAAUGCAGGUGAAGCGGUGGCGAGCGCAGGGCAUGGAAGUGCCCAUGUGCACCGCUAGACCCGGCUGGCAAACCAUCUCGUUUCGCCAACCCAAGUACAAAAAGACGUUCUGCAAAAUCGACAUAAAUCUGGUCGAUAUUCUCGACAUUGAUAUGCAACGUCAGGUGGUGCGGCUGGAGCCGAUGGUCACCAUGGGUCAGCUGACGGCCACGCUCAACCCGCUGGGCUGGACGCUGCCCAUCAUACCCGAGAUGGAUGACCUCACCGUCGGCGGCCUGGUGAUGGGUACAGGUGUAGAGUCGUCGUCACAUCGCUACGGUUUGUUGCAGCACAUCUGUUUGUCCCUAGAAAUGGUGCUCUCUAACGGCUCCGUCAUCACCUGCUCAAAGGACGAGAACGCCGACCUGUUCUACGCGGCGUUCUGGUCGUACGGCACGCUCGGCUUCCUGACGGCGGUCGAGGUGCGGAUCGUGCCGGCGCAGCCGUUCGUGCGGCUGCGGUACCGUCCGACGACCUCGCGCGCCGAGCUGACGGCCCUGCUGAGCCGCGAGUGUGGCGGCCAGCACCAGUUCGUCGAGACGCUGCUCUUCGACCGCGACCGCGCCGUCGUCAUGACGGGCGACUUCGUCAGCAGCGCCGAGCCGGACAAGGUGAACGCCAUCGGCAUGUGGUACAAGCCGUGGUUCUUCAAGCACGUGGAAGGCUUCCUAGAGCGUGGCCAGGGCUGCGAAUACGUGCCGCUGCGCGACUAUUACCACCGGCACACGCGCUCCAUCUUCUGGGAGAUCCAGGAUAUCAUACCAUUCGGAAACAACGCGGCGUUCCGCUGGAUCUGCGGCUGGAUGGUGCCGCCGAAGGUGUCGCUGCUCAAGCUGACUCAAGGCCAGACCAUCAAGGAGCUGUACGAAAAGAACCACUUUAUCCAGGAUAUGCUGGUGCCCCUCGACAAGCUGGAUAAGGCACUGGACGUAUUCCACAAGGAGGUCAAGAUCUACCCGAUGUGGCUGUGUCCAUUCGUGCUGCCGGCCCACCCCGGCUUCCUGCAGCCGGCGAGCGGCCAGCGGCAGAUGUACAUCGACAUCGGGGCCUACGGCGUGCCGCAAGCUCGCGACUUCGACGCGCACAAGACCAGCAGGAGGGUUGAGAAGUUCGUCAUGGACAUUGGCGGUUUUCAGAUGAUGUACGCCGACUCCUUCCUGACUAGAGAAGAGUACCGGAAGAUGUUCGACCACCGUCUGUACGACAAGGUCCGUCGCGAGUACGACUGCCUGAGGGCAUUCCCCGAGGUGUACGACAAGGUCAACAGGGCAGCCCGCGACUGACCUCAGGUCAUCCUGAGCCUGUCAGGUCGGCCGGGGCAGUAGCGCCAUCAUCUUCACCACCGAGCAAGCCUCACGUUCGUUUUAUCUCCAUGUGAGAAGUGCACAGCUUUUGGACUGCCAGUUAAAAUAUACGCUCAAGUUUUCAG